UUGAGAUUGGGAUUGACGAAUCAGCGCGUUGGUUUGUUGGUGGGUGCGUGGUGACGGGAGCAAUAAACGCGAGACGGACGCCAUUCCUCGUCCCUCACUCGCCUCACUCUUCUUCUCUGUCAACUAUCCGGCUCCACUCCACAUUUAAGAUAAUCAAAUCGAGUUGAGCGAGGUCAUCACCUUUCCUCCACUCCUUCUCACUGAUUCCACCAGCACGGAAUUAUACGAAAUUUAGUUGAAGAUGUCUGGUCAAGACUUUUCGGACGACAUUACCAACGGUGGAUUCGAGAACCAUGAGGGUGACGAAGAAAUGUUAACUGCUGGGACUGGAGAUGAGUUUCAAGACGACUCUAUGGGCGCCACCAACCCCAACAAUAAUGGGGACGAGAACAGGAAUGGUGGUGAAGACAUGGAACAUCAAGGGAACGGGGACUCUAGCGCGGCCAACAAUGCCGCCACCUCUGACCAGAAGCUGUUUAUCGGCGGGUUAUCGUGGGAAACCACUGAAAAGGAUUUGAGAGAAUAUUUCGCAAAGUUUGGGACGAUCGAGUCUUUGACUUUGAAAAUGGAUCCGGCCACAGGAAGGUCGAGAGGAUUUGCAUUCAUUGUCUUCUCAGAGACGGCAACUUUGGACAAGGUCAUUGAGGCAGGAGAACAUGUCAUCAAUGGAAAGAAAGUUGACCCAAAGAGAGCCAAGGCUCGUCAAGGCAAGAUAUUUGUGGGAGGACUGACGCAAGAGAUCAGCGAUGAUGAAAUUAAGACCUACUUUUCUCAAUUUGGCAACGUUGUAGAAAUGGAAAUGCCAAUCGACAAAGUAAAGAACCAAAGAAAGGGUUUCUGUUUUAUCACCUUCGACAACGAGCAAAUCGUCCAAGAGUUGUUGAAGACGCCUAAGCAGACAAUUGCUGGGAAAGAAGUCGACGUCAAAAAGGCACAACCACCACAAAACCCGAGAAUGAUGGGCGGAUGGGGUGGUGGUAUGGGCAUGGGAAGCCGUGGAGGCGGCGGAGGACGCGGUGCACCUCGAGGUCGUGGCGGCAGGGGGCGUGGCGACUGGAACUGGGGAGGCUACGGAGGACAAAACGCUGGCGGAUAUAGCGGUGGAGGCUACGGACAAGGUUAUAGCGCGACUGGGCGCUACGGCGGGUAUACGGGAGCAUAUGAUGGAUAUUAUGGCGGUGGGUACGGAAACUAUGACUAUUACUCACAGUACGGUGGUUAUUCAGACUACGGUGGGUACGACUAUGACGGUACGUCAACUCCAUCGCGAGGCGGUCGUGGAGGGAGAGGAUUGUCUGACUGACUUACAGGGACGAGUGGAGCGGGGGGCUACAGCGGCAAGACGAGAGGUCAACCAAGAGGCGGUCAACCUAGGCAUAUGCCAUAUUAAAUAUCUGACUGACUCAACUCCCUCAUCAUCAUCAUCCUCCUCCUCCACCACCCACUUUGAAACAUUAUCAUCAACUACAAAAAAAUCCAGUGCUGUUUUAAAUCGCUCUCCAACACUCCAACAAGCAGCAGCUCAUCCUUUUCUAUUAUUGUUAUUACUUAAUAAUGAUUUACUAUGUUAAUUUAUUAGGUACCGAUAUUUACUUUACUGUUCACUAUAUUUACACGCUACAUUUGUAAAUUAUUAUUAUCAUUAUAUUCUUAUUGUUACCGUUUAUUUGUCCAUAUCCGUGUUUUACUUGAUGCAAUUUAUCGUGUAAUUCAGAAACUUUAUAUUAGGUACCGUUAUUAGAUUAUUAGUACAUCAUUAUGCAGUAGAUAGAUAGCAAAAUUUGUGAACUUGUCUCAUCAUGUACUAUUCUUGAUAAUCUGCGACAGAAAAAGAGAGAAGUAGACGUUGGAGAAGACUAUUAUUAAUUUGUUAUUAUUACUGUGAGAAGAAGGCAUGAAUAUAAUAUAUAAUACAGGACGCUUCAAUUUCAAUCAGUAAUUUUUUGUUUCCUUUGUUAUUGGCUUCGUUGUUAUCAUACUUUCGUUGACCAGGGUUAUCUAGUUUUAGCUUAACACUUGUUUAUCGCUAAUUUAUUAAUCUCCCAAAUUUCUCUAUAGCUGAGAGAACCCAUGAACUUUUUAUAACUGAAGGAGCAAAGAAGGAAUGCUAACUAAAUGUUUACCAACCUUGUGAAGAAAGAGACGCAUUUUUAAAGUAAAAAGCAGUCAGUAUCAUUUAAGCAAUGAAUGAAUUAAGUGAUGAACACGAGUGAGUAUGUAGUCCAGAGAGAAAAACAAAUGUUGUUGUUCAAUUGUCGUGCAUGGUUUUAUUAUGAUCGAAACAUGAUCUUCGAAUCUUCAUUCCAGGGAAAAAAAUUCAGAUUCAAAGAUUCAUGAUUUUGAUAAUCCCCUCUAACCGUCCCUGAAUUUUACUGGGCCGGUGAUGGGUCUCAUCUUCUCUACUCGUUUGUACGAAAAAUAAUAAAUGUCUAGUUAGAUAUUUUAAUUUUUACUGGCAAUUAGAUGAACGAGUUAUUAUUACCACUAUAGGAAAAUAUAAAGAUAGAUAGAAACCUGUAUAGGAGCGAGGACAUCAUAUAAGAUCGAGCUAUAAUAGAUGCCAUUUUAAAAAACUAUCAAAUUUUUACCACAACCACCAGGAAGAUCAUCUAUUAUAUAAUAACCUAGUUUCGAUGUCCAAUCCAUCCUAAUUAAUU